GAAUUAUAGUACUAUAUUGACUUCAUCAUUCUUAUAGUGAUACCAACAAAUAACAAUCUCAAUAUCACAAGCAUAUCGCAAAUACCACCAGCUGCUGUUGAAGCCAGCACAGUGGAGAACAAUGAAAUGACAGGCGCACCACAAGAAUCAUCAGUCAUUACAACCAUGGCAACAGAAAACAAAGAUCAGAGUGCCACUGCAUCUUUGCAACCACCAGCUCCCUCCACAGGUCCAGCGAUGAGCAACACCACUCCCAUGACUUCCACCGCCGCGAUCAUCCUACCACCAGUUGGCAUGGGCAGAGUAUUGUUUCCUGAGCUUAGCCUUAUGCUUUUCCAUCAACUCCUCUCCAUGACCCUUGCCGGCCUUCCUCCACCCCUUGUUUGCGCCUUUCACGGUAGUCCAUGUUAUCCCCACAUUUAUGCCGAAUACAAAUCCGUCAACUUUGUCCUUUCUGAUGCUACAAUGCCUGUUUUCCGAACCAUUACCAUCCGAGGAGGCAAAUUGGAGAAGAUUCGCUAUCUACAAAUACGCUCUGACAAUUUCAGCGUAAGAUCUUGGGACGCGAGAAGCAACAAUGGUUCCCGCCACCCCCUCAAAACCCACGUCUGUAAACUCUUUAACUCUUUCCAUGAGAUAAAUUUUACUGCGGUUCAGCCGGCUCGCACACAGCACUUCACCAACUCCGAAUUGUUCGAAGCCAACCUUAACAUUGAAAGUAUACUACAUGAGAUUUGCCACAUUGUAAACGCAAGCAAUCAGACGCCUACAUUUCGUGUGAAGUUUCUAGGUUAUAAUCCUGGAAAUUUGAUCGACCAGGGGAGAUUGAAUCAGUAUGUUAGGCUAGUAACUGGGAAAUUGGCAGAUGGAAACCGAACGUGGACGCCAAGAAGAGAACUGACCGGGGACGGUGGAGUGGUUCAUGAUGGGAUCGUUUGGAUUUGGGAGAUUAUUUAGGGAAUAGAGAGGGGAGGGGCUGGGAAUGAUUCUCUUGACAACGAACAAGGCUGAUAGAGGGGAGUUUUCAUCAAUUUGGGUGGCCACUUCUGCUAGCUCAGGCAUUCAACGGCUCAGAUGUCUAGAGGUGUUCAGAUGUCCGGAGAGACUUAGACGUUUGGGUAGGCUCAAGCAUUCAACCUAGCUUGAAGGCUGAGAUAAUUCCAAGUGCAGAAACUUCAGGUCUAUGAAAUACGCAGGCAAUAGGAAAAACGAAGAUUCUCA